CACUUUUGACCGAGAAAGACUCAAUCGAAGCCCCACCACCAACGGUACUUUGUCUUAUGCUCGACUUGUCUGCGGCGCUGUGGCAUGUCGUCUGAUAUAACCAUUGACUGAGAUCAACCAUGGUCCCCAACGGUGAAAAUGCCCAACCCGUUCGCGCAUCAGGGCUGCGGCCUCCAAGUCGCAUACCCGCUACCACCGGACUGCUAGAGAUGUCGGCCUCUGACAACAAUGCGCGCGCCAUUCCGCCUCCAGCCAACCUGCUUAAGCACAAGGGCUCGGCCUUACCUGAGCCGGCUGCUAAGAGAAAGACGUUGGCCGAACGUGCUGGCGAGCCCGUCCGUACUACCCAGACGACCAGCAGAGUUAUGAAGCGUUCCAACACGACAAACGCUUUGCGCAAGACCUCUGGAACACACACUACCACUUCGACCCGUCCUGCCUCUGCCGCCGCCCAUCGUACCAACUCCGCCCUUCCUCGCACCGGUUCUCGCAGUGCCCUGGCCGCCCGCCCCGUCUCGGUUACACAUGAGGAUGACGAUGAGGAUUCUUCUUCGUCGAGCAUUCUGCCAAACAAGCGCAAGGCAUGGGACACCAAAGGUCGUCUCGAAGACAUGGAAACCCUCUACUCCCAACUUAAAACACAACUCGACUCCGCCGCUACAGAGAAGACUGGCAUGGAAGAGGGCAUCUCAAUCUACAAGGCGCGCAUCUCCGAGAUGGAGCAGAUCCGCCUGCAACUCUCUACCGCUAACCAGACAUUGACCAGCGAACUUACCGAGACGAAGGUCAAACUAUCCUCAGUAAACGCUCAGCUUGACGACAUGAAGCGAUCACACUCUUUCGAAAUCGACGACCUACGAAGGAAAAACCGCAACGAUGUCGAGGACGCCAAAGACGGCCAUCGCAAGGAGCUUGAACGUCUUCAGCGCGAAGCAAGAGAUGAGCUUGACAGAGUAAAGAAGGACGCCCAAGAAGAAGCCGACAGAGCAAACAAAACGCGACGAGAAGAGGUGGCCGAGAAGGAGCGCGAACUGCGAGCAGAGCUUGAGGAAGAGAGGAGCCGCAGACUGCGCGAAGUCCAGGAGCUUACAUCACAAUUCAGCAUGCAAAAGCUGACAGCCGACAACGAUGUCACUCAAAAAGACCGCGAGUUGCAAACACUACGAUCCGAGCUCAACGAAGUCAAGGCCAAUCUGGAAUCAUCAAAUGCACUAAACACCAAUCUGAAGGAGAAGUUGACCGAAGCCUCGACAAACACGCUCACCCUUGAAACAUCGAUGCGCGCUAUGAAGGCGAAAAUUGAUUUCCUCGAGUCGGAUAACCAAGCUCAAUCGCAAGCUUUCCAGGAUCUCAAUCAACAAAUGCUGGAUGCUCAAGCUGUCGCUGCUGAAGCGAAAGAGAAGCUCCGUCAGGAGGAGACCUUGCGGAGAAAAUUGCACAACCAGGUUCAAGAGCUCAAGGGCAACAUUCGUGUUUUCUGUCGUGUCCGCCCAACAUUGGGCGAUGAGGAGACCAAAAAAGCAGAGUUGGCUUUCCCAGACGCCGAAACAGACAGCAAAGAGGUUGUCGUGCAAGGACCAGACCAGAAGAGCGCCAUGGGAACUGUUACCAAGGCCAACAACAACUUCUCUUUCGACCGAGUGUUUGGACCAGGCUCCCAGAAUGGCGAGAUCUUCGACGAAAUUAGCCAGCUUGUUCAGAGUGCACUGGACGGAUAUAACGUCUGCAUUUUCUGUUAUGGCCAGACUGGAUCAGGAAAGACAUACACAAUGUCCUCACCUGACGGCAUGAUUCCAAGCGCUGUCACUCAGAUAUACGAAACAGCUAAGAGCUUGGAAGAUAAAGGUUGGACAUAUUCAAUGGAGGGUAGCUUUGUUGAAGUCUACAACGAGACUGUAAACGAUCUCCUUGGUAAGGCCGAGGACUGGAACAACAAGAAGCAUGAGAUUCGCCAGGAUCCGGUCAAACUCAAGACCACAAUCACGGAUGUGACUACAGUUGAUCUCGACUCUCCCACUCGAGUAAACGCCAUUUUAGACCAGGCCAAUCGCAACCGACGUGUUGCUGCUACGCAAGCAAAUUCGCGCUCGUCACGCAGUCAUUCCGUCUUUAUUCUCAGACUCAUUGGAGAGAACACGAUGACAGGAGAACGUUCCGAGGGCACUCUCAACCUAGUCGAUUUGGCAGGUAGUGAGCGUCUGGCACACAGUCAGGUUUCUGGUGACCGCUUGAAGGAGACGCAGAACAUCAACAAGAGUUUGAGUUGUUUAGGCGAUGUCAUCAGCGCUCUUGGGUCAGGCAAGGAUGCGAAACACAUUCCGUACCGUAACAGUAAAUUGACCUAUCUCUUGCAAUAUUCGCUGGGCGGAAACAGCAAGACAUUGAUGUUCGUUAUGGUCAGCCCUCUGCAGGCCCAUUUGUCCGAGACGUUGACCAGUCUGAAGUUUGCCACCAAGGUGCAUAACACUCACAUUGGAACCGCGAAGAGGCAAGCGAAGGUCAAGGAUUAGAGUGUUGAUACGUCCGUUUCUUUUUCAAUUUCUUGUCAUGAUGAGGAUCGAACACCUUUGGAAGGAUUGCUUGAGGGCGUUUUUUUUUCUGGCGAAUUAUAUCUGGAGUACCCCAUGAGCCUGAGGUUGGGCAUGAGAAGGAAACGCGCAGAUGGUGCUUCGGGUGGAACGAACGCCUUGUAUCGAUCUUGUCGAGCGAAGAAGACGACGUGAAAUAUAGGAAUGUAAGCAAGACUUCAUUUUCAAGACUUUAUCGCAUAUUUCGCAUGGGCACAAAAACAUCGUUGACCAAGCAUUGCUGAAUGCUCAUGGUGAGAUGCUUGGCUGACUGACCGCCCGCGGAG